UUUUGAUGUAGAAUAUUUCAACGACAGAUGAGUCAAUCAGUGUCACUGUCAAGAAUGAUUUCUUUUGAUUUAGAUUUUAGAAUUUAGUUUGUAAAUUGUGAAAAUAAUUAGGUAGUCCUCGUAUAUAAGUGUAAAGUGUGUUUUCUAAAAUAAUGGAUGUCAAAGACGGCGCAAACGAGGAAAAGAAACCAAUUGUUGUUAAAGAUGCUACAGAUUUACAAAGACUUCGCCUUGAAAAACUAAUGAAAAACCCGGAGAAGCCAGUUUUGAUACCAGAGAGACGUAAGGAUAAAUCACUUGCUCCACCACCUGACUUUGUUCGCAAUGUAAUGGGUUCUAGUGCCGGCGCGGGUUCGGGGGAAUUUCAUGUGUAUAGACACCUUAGACGAAAGGAGUAUGCACGUCAAAAAUUCAUACAAGAAAAAAGUGAAAAGGAAAAGCUUGAUGAUGCAUAUCACAAUAGAAUAGAGGAAAAUAAACGUAAAGCAGAGGAAAGAACUGCCAAAAAGAGAGCUAAAAGGUUAAAAAGAAAACAAAAAGCUAAAAUAAAAGCUGAACAACUGAAAACAAAUAUUACUGAUGACAAAUCUUCCCAAUCUAAUAGUGAUAGUGAUCAUUCAGAAAAAGAUCUUGGACCCAAGUCAAAACAAAAAACUGUUAAUAUUACAGAACCUAAUAUUAAUAAUGUGAAAAGUGAUUGUGAAAAUGGCAAUGAUCACUCUUUGUAAACUUUUAUUAAUAAAAUAUAUUUUUAUAAUUACCUUUAAACUCUAUAAAUGUUACAGUGGUAAAAAUUACCAUAUUUCUAUUGUUUCACUUAUAUUUUUUUACUUAUACCAAAUAAUUGUAUUUUUCACUUUUUUAAAAGUGGUUUGGUUAAUUUGGUUUUGUACUUGUACCUUACCUUGUUGUAAUUGUACCAACAAGAAAAAUAACUUAAGUGUUUGUUGUUAAAUCAAGUGACAAGAGUUUUUAACUAUGUAUUUAAUAUCUCCUUGUAAACAUAAUCAACAACUGCAUGAAUUUCUUUACUGAUAGCACAAAUAUGAAGAACUUAAAAAAAAUGAAUAUAUCUAAUACAAUAUACAACCUAAUUUAAAUGCAUUUUUAUAAAUACUUAGCCUGGCCAUAAAUACUGUUAUACUUGAAAAUAAACAAAAUGUUACAUUUGAAUUUGGAAUCUGUAAUUUUUAUAUGAUUGUUCAUUGAGAUUCUCAUUCUGGUGCCAAUACAUUCUAAAAUAUAUUGCGAUAUUAAAAUGGAGUUGUGUGAUAAAGAGAACUGAAUCACUGUUAUUGCAUUACACAAAGUAGGUAUGGAGCUAUUGGAUGCCAUUUUUAUAACCCUCCAUAUACUUGGUAUUAUAGUAAAAUAUUUGUGUACUGGGCUAUUAAUAAAUACAACAAGAUCUCCUCUGUUUGUGACAGAAAGAAAUCUGGCCAUCCACAUAGUGUUCGUAAAAAAGGGUGGGCAAAGCAAUAAGGGAAAGAAUUCGAAGAAAUCCUCUCCAAAAGCAAAAUAUUUUAUCUUGAUUGAUGAAGAUAGCACCUAAAACCAUGUCGCCUUUAAGAGUAAUGUCUUAACUGAUAUUUUAAAAAAUAAUAGGCUCAUAAAAACUACUGAAGCGGUACGCAAAAGGAGGUCACAAAAAAAUGUUGCUCAAUUGUAAAAUUCAGCUCAAAGCUCUAAGAAAGCUUCCCAAUUAGUUGACAUUGCAAUGUGGACACUAUCCAACUUCAGAGAUGGUUUGGUGGGGUAAUGUUUGCUUGGCUAUGAAGGAGUGACUGAGCCAUACUUAUAUGAACAAGGUAUCGAAACAUUGGCACAAGUGUAUCAGGAUACCAUUCUUGAGAAGGUAGUGAACCUCUUUAACACCAUGUUCAAUAAUAAAAGAUUGGUCCUUACAGCAAGACGCCGGGUCAUAAAGCUCAGUCUACGCAGUCUUGGUUGCUAACGAACGUUUUGGCCUUCAUCAAAACUGAAGAGUGGCCGUCGUCUAGUCCCGAUCUUAAUCAGCUGGAUUAUGAUUUAUGAUCAGUUUUAGAGAAUACGGCUCUACGCCAUGACAAUUUGGGAGUCUCUGAAACAAUCCGGACAAUUGGCAGCAGAAUUUUCGCAUGGAAAGUGUGCGUGCUUCUAUUGAUAACUGGGCUCAACGUUUAAAGGACUGUAUUGCGGCCAAUGGAAACACUUCUAAUAAGCUUUUUAUAUUAUAAAUUGUUUUAUUUAUUAAAUUAACACUAAAAUUAAUAAAUGUUAGUUGGAA